AUGGAGAUCCGGCAGCACGAGUGGCUCUCGGCCUCCCCCCAUGAGGGCUUCGAGCAGAUGAGGCUCAAAAGCCGCCCCAAGGAGCCCUCGCCGAGCCUGAGCCGAGUGGGCGCGAACUUCUACAGCAGCGUCAAGCAGCAGGACUACAGCGCCAGCGUCUGGCUCCGGAGGAAAGACAAGCUGGAGCACUCCCAGCAGAAGUGCAUUGUGGUCUUCGCCCUGGUCUGCUGCUUUGCCAUCCUCGUUGCGCUGAUCUUUUCGGCUGUGGACAUCAUGGGGGAGGACGAGGAUGGACUGUCAGAAAAAAAUUGUCAAAAUAAAUGUCGAAUUGCCCUGGUGGAAAAUAUUCCUGAAGGCCUUAACUAUUCCGAAAAUGCACCAUUUCACUUAUCACUUUUCCAAGGCUGGAUGAAUUUACUCAACAUGGCCCAAAAGUCUGUUGACAUCGUGUCUUCUCAUUGGGACCUCAACCACAGUCAUCCAUCAGCGUGUCAGGGUCAACGUCUUUUUGAAAAGCUGCUUCAGCUGACUUCGCAAAAUAUUGAAAUCAAGCUAGUGAGUGAUGUAACGGCUAAUUCAAAGGUAUUAGAAGCCUUGAAAUUAAAGGGGGCCGAGGUGACCUACAUGAACAUGACCAUGUACAACAAGGGCCGGCUGCAGUCCUCCUUCUGGAUCGUGGACAAGCAGCACGUGUACAUCGGCAGCGCUGGCUUGGACUGGCGGUCUCUGGGACAGAUGAAAGAGCUCGGUGUCAUCUUCUACAACUGCAGCUGCCUGGUCCUGGAUUUGCAGAGGAUAUUGGCUCUAUACAGCUCGUUGAAAUUCAAGAGCAGAGUGCCUCAGACCUGGUCCAAGAGGCUCUACGGAGUCUACGACAACGAAAAGAAAUUGCAACUUCAGCUGAACGAAACCAAGUCCCAAGCGUUUGUGUCGAAUUCUCCCAAACUCUUUUGCCCUAAAAACAGAAGCUUUGACAUAGAUGCUAUCUACAGCGUGAUAGAUGAUGCCAAGAAGUACGUCUACAUCGCGGUCAUGGACUACCUGCCCAUCUCCAGCACCAGCACCAAAAGGGCUUACUGGCCAGACUUGGAUGGGAAAAUAAGAGAAGCAUUAGUUCUAAGAAGAGUUCAAGUUCGACUCCUCAUAAGCUUUUGGAAGGAAACGGACCCCCUUACAUUUAACUUCAUUUCAUCUCUUAAAGCUAUUUGCACUGAAAUAGCCAACUGCAGUUUGAAAGUUAAAUUUUUUGAUCUUGAAAGAGAGAAUGCUUGUGCUACAAAAGAACUGAAGAAUCUCACCUUCCCUAGAUUAAAUCGCAACAAGUACAUGGUGACGGAUGGAGCUGCUUACAUUGGGAAUUUUGACUGGGUGGGGAAUGAUUUCAUCCAGAAUGCGGGCACGGGCCUUGUCAUCAGCCAGGCAGAUGUGGGGAACCACACAAGCAUCAUCAAGCAACUGAAAGAUGUGUUCGAGAGGGACUGGUACUCACCCUACGCCAGAAGCCUGCAGCCGACCAAACAGCCAAACUGCUCCAGCCUGCCCAGACUCUGACCCCCACACAAAACUGCCACACACAGGGCGAGUGGAAAGGACCCCAAGUGUAUAACACGAGCGAACUCACGGACCAGACCGCUAGUAUUUCCGAUCUCUAUAUAAAGGACUUAAGGAGAGAAAACUCACGCAAUGUCUUUUUUUUUAGGGAAAAAGCACACUUAUCAAAAAUAAUCUCUGAACGCCAUGUAAUAUGUCACCCUAUCUUAGCAGCGUGUACACUCAAUUUGAGACUUUUGUAUUUGUUACUUCUGACGGAGAAUGUCAUUUCGGCUUGAAAGUUCGUUUUUACGUUUGCAUACAAAUUUUAAGACUUGGAUGCCUCUUCCUUUGUAGUUUUAGGACACUUUCUGCUGACCCACGUGGGCAGUUCUUAGGAAGCUUUGCAUGAGGUAAGCUCUUACUGUUUGGAGAACUGCUGACUUACAGAGGAGAAGGAGGAUUUCACCUGGACAAGAGAUCAAACCAGGCAUUGAUCCUGUGAAUCAUCUCCGGGACCCGGGAAAUCAUGUCACCCUUCAGUCCUCUUGAUACAUACCUUUUGCCUCCUUGUUAAUUUUAUUCUAAUACCAUAGAUUUUAUUUUGAAUCAUUUUCCCUUCUCACAAUAUGUUCUUAGGACAGUGUCCUCAAACCAGUUCCAAGUAUGAUGUCCUUUGAAAGUGUACCGAUUCCUCAGAAUGGACACAAAAUGGAAAUCGGUGUUUAGUUUUCACCUUUUCAACUGCAUCUUUUCUCUCCCGAGUUGAUACUUUAAAACCAUAGCCAGCAAUACGUAUCCUUUCUCUCAAGCUCAGAACAAUUAUGUAACCACCUGCUAAUAUGCAGCAAGCGAUCAAGUCUGCCUUUUAGAGAAUAAAGUAGUUUUUCACAUUUUUGUUUAGUUUAUGGAAGUAUAAAGGAAAGAUCUCUAUGCCUCGUGGAUCUGAGAUUCUUUAGAAUCAUUAUGCUGUUAAGAGUAUGCCAGCAAAUGUUUAUAGAGCUGUUUAAUAUACCUUCUGCUAUUUAAUAUACCAAAUGCUUUUCAGAGAAAUGCAAUUUAAAUACUGUGCUUCACAUAUUUUACUAAGAAACAAAACUAUUGGAUUAUUAUUCUAUAACGUCACUGUGUGUUGUUUUAUAGCUGUACAAUGUAUAACCCUAUAUUAACAGAGACUGUUGCUCAGAGCUCAGAGCCCAG